ACUGCUGGAACACCUGGAGUGCCUGGUGUCCAGACACGAGCGGUCACUGCGCAUGACCGUGGUGAAGCGCCAGGCCCAGUCCCCGGGCGGGGUCUCUUCGGAGGUGGAGGUGCUCAAGGCUCUAAAAUCCCUCUUCGAGCACCACAAGGCCCUGGAUGAGAAGGUCCGGGAGCGGCUGCGGAUGGCGCUGGAGCGGGUGGCUGUACUAGAAGAGGAGCUGGAGAUGAGCAACCAGGAGACUCUGAACCUUCGAGAGCAGCUGUCCAGGCGCCGAUCGGGGCUGGAGGAGCCGGGCAAGGAUGGGGACGGGCAGGCCCUUGCCAAUGGCCUGGGUCCUGGAGGCGAAUCCAACCGGCGCUCGGCUGAGCUGGAGGAGGCCCUGGAGCGGCAGCGCGCGGAGGUGUGCCAGCUGCGGGAGCGCCUGGCGGUGCUGUGCCGCCAGAUGAGCCAGCUGGAGGAGGAGCUGGGCACCGCCCACCGCGAGCUGGGGAAGGCCGAGGAAGCUAACGUCAAGCUCCAGCGCGACCUCAAGGAGGCGUUGGCGCAGCGGGAGGACAUGGAGGAGCGGAUCACGACGCUGGAGAAGCGCUACCUGAGUGCCCAGCGCGAGGCCACGUCCCUCCACGACGCCAACGACAAGCUGGAGAACGAGCUGGCCAGCAAGGAUUCGCUGUACCGGCAGAGCGAAGAGAAGAGCCGCCAGCUGGCCGAGUGGCUGGAUGAUGCCAAGCAGAAGCUGCAGCAGACGCUGCAGAAGGCCGAGACCUUGCCGGAGAUAGAAGCGCAGCUGGCCCAGCGCGUGGCGGCCCUCAAUAAAGCUGAGGAACGCCAUGGGAAUUUCGAGGAGCGGCUCAGGCAGCUGGAGGCCCAGCUGGAGGAGAAGAACCAAGAACUGCAGCGGGAGCAGCUCCUGGCGGAGAUGGAGCGAAUGCAGAUGGAGAUUGACCAGCUGCGGGGGCGGCCUCCGUCCUCCUACUCCAGGUCUCUCCCUGGCAGUGCCCUGGAGCUCCGUUACUCCCAGGCCCCUACGUUACCUUCCGGUGCCCACCUGGACCCCUAUGGGGCUGGCAGUGGCCGAGUGGGCAAGAGGAGCCGCUGGUCAGGGGUCAAGGAUGAGCCCCCCAAGGAGUGGGAGCGGUCCGCCCCUGCGGGGUCCAUGCCACCCCCGUUUCCUGGGGAACUGGAUGGCUCAGAUGAGGAGGAGGCGGAGGGGAUGUUUGGGGCUGAGCUGCUCUCCCCCAGCGGGCAGGCCGAUGUGCAGACACUGGCCAUCAUGCUUCAGGAGCAGCUGGAAGCGAUCAACAAGGAGAUCAAGCUAAUCCAAGAGGAGAAGGAGACAACAGAACAAAGGGCAGAAGAACUGGAGAGCCGGGUGUCCGGCUCUGCCCUGGACUCACUGGGCCGCUACCGCAGUAGCUGCUCACUGCCCCCCUCCCUCACCACCUCCACCCUUGCCAGCCCUUCCCCUCCCAGCUCCGGUCACUCAACACCCCGUCUGGCACCCCCUAGUCCUGCCCGUGAGGGCGCCGACAAAGCUAAUCAUGUCCCCAAGGAUGAAGCUGGGGCUCCACGAGGGGAGGGGCCAGCCAUCCCAGGAGACACCCCGCCUCCCACGCCCCGCUCUGCCCGCCUAGAGAGAAUGACCCAGGCCUUGGCACUGCAGGCAGGAUCCCUGGAAGAUGGGGGGCCCUCACGGGGAAGUGAGGGCACCCAAGAUUCCCUGCACAAAGCCCCCAAGAAGAAGAGCAUCAAGUCAUCCAUAGGUCGUCUUUUUGGCAAGAAGGAGAAGGGGCGAAUGGGACCACCAGGACGGGACAGCUCCUCUCUGGCUGGAACGCCCUCAGAUGAGACGUUGGCCUCUGACCCUCUGGGGCUAGCCAAACUGACAGGCCCAGGAGACAAGGACCGGAGAAACAAGAGGAAGCAUGAGCUUCUGGAAGAGGCCUGUCGGCAGGGCCUGCCCUUUGCUGCCUGGGAUGGCCCCACCGUGGUCUCCUGGCUGGAGCUGUGGGUAGGCAUGCCUGCGUGGUAUGUGGCCGCCUGCCGGGCCAAUGUCAAGAGUGGGGCCAUCAUGGCCAACCUGUCCGACACGGAGAUCCAGCGGGAGAUCGGCAUCAGCAACCCGCUGCACCGGCUCAAGCUGCGCCUCGCCAUCCAGGAGAUGGUCUCCCUCACCUCGCCCUCUGCGCCCGCCUCCUCCCGCACAUCCACAGGAAACGUGUGGAUGACACAUGAGGAGAUGGAGUCCCUCACGGCCACGACGAAGCCGGAGACCAAGGAGAUCAGCUGGGAGCAGAUCCUGGCAUAUGGCGACAUGAACCACGAGUGGGUGGGCAACGACUGGCUGCCCAGCCUGGGGCUGCCCCAGUACCGUAGCUACUUCAUGGAGUCGCUGGUGGACGCCCGCAUGUUGGACCACCUCAACAAAAAGGAGCUCCGCGGCCAGCUGAAGAUGGUGGACAGCUUCCACAGGGUGAGUCUGCACUACGGGAUCAUGUGCCUGAAACGGCUCAACUAUGACCGGAAAGACCUGGAGCGGAGGCGAGAAGAGAGUCAGACCCAAAUCCGAGAUGUGAUGGUGUGGUCCAAUGAGCGGGUCAUGGGUUGGGUGUCCGGACUGGGACUGAAGGAAUUUGCCACGAACCUCACGGAGAGCGGGGUGCACGGGGCGCUGCUGGCCCUGGACGAGACCUUUGACUACUCCGACCUGGCCUUGCUCCUGCAGAUCCCCACGCAGAACGCACAGGCCCGGCAGCUCCUGGAAAAGGAAUUCAGUAACCUCAUCUCCUUGGGCACAGACAGGCGGCUGGACGAGGACAGCGCCAAGUCCUUCAGCCGCUCCCCGUCCUGGCGGAAGAUGUUCCGAGAGAAGGACCUCCGAGGCGUCAGCCCCGACUCCGCUGAGAUGUUGCCUCCCAACUUCCGUUCGGCCGCAGCGGGGGCCCUGGGCUCGCCGGGGCUCCCUCUUCGCAAGCUGCAGUCGGAAGGUGGGCGGCUUCCCUUCUUCGGGGUUGGGANUUCCCGGGCAGACGGCGUUUCGGUCCGGACCUAUUCCUGCUAGUGCAGGCCUCCAGGUGAGGGCUGUGCUGGGCGAUCCUGGGGGUCUGGGGCAGCACAAUGGAUCUUCACUGCUCCACGUGCUGCCGGCGUCGGUGGAGGCGACCUCACGCGGAUGAAGAAUCUCCCGGAGGCCGGGCUCCUCCCCUCCUGCCCGGUGUGGUCUCGCCGGGGAGCGCGCGCCGCCGCCUGGACCAUCCGCACAGACUGGAGGGGAGCGCGCGUCCCCGCCUCACACACGGACCGGGACUGGACCAAACCACAUGAACUGGACCGAGAGGGGGGGAAGGAGAGGGCAGGAAGAACUCCCGCCCCCAAACCUCCAUCUCCCUCGUCUCUACUUUGUAAUUUAUUGAUCAGUUUCCGACGGGAGACGGGUGCCCAUUCCCCACGGGGAGGGGCCGGGGCUGCCCUCCCGGGCCGCAUGCGAGGACAGGCCGCCCCCUCCCCUUUCUCCCCGGUCGCGGGGCCCAAGUCUUCCUUCUCCGUCCGAAAGGAGGGGAGGGGGGACUCGCUGCUACAAGCCUCGCCCCCAGUGCCACUCAGCCCCGCCCGCCGCCUCGGGUCCCCGGUGGCCCGAGGUCAGCUGUGGGCGGGGUCCCUCUCCCCAGUGUCUCGUGUCCCCGGGGCCCUCCGCCCCCCGUGCUGUGGCCGUGUCCGUGCCCCAGGGGUGGGGGGCGCAGAGCGCGCUCCCCGCUCCCCUCCGGCCCCGGGGUUUGCAUGGGAGAAUCCUCUUUCCACGGUGCCACUGGGCGAUGUGCCGUGGGGGGGAGGGCGGACGGUGGGAAGCCCUCGCCCCGGACUCUUGUCGGCCCCCCUGCCUCAGGCGUCACUCAGUGAUCACGGGUAAAGAGAACUGUUUCAAAACG